CAUGCUGCACGUUGUUGCCCGCUAGUGAGUUUGGCGGGCGUUGAGUUCAGUUGUGAUUGCACCAGAGUGCACACAGUGUAGUGAAUCGUAGCAGCACAGUAAAAUUUUCACGUGACGUUUUGCACCCUUUCUAGGUAGAGCGCCGAAUUUAUCAAUACUAAAGCUGACAUAAGCCACUUAAACGAUCAAAAGGUUUUCUAGGAAGAACGAGAAUUGUUCGGAGUUUAAUGAGACGUCUAACGAUAGUAAAACAUGUCUCACCCUUACGGAAUGUUUUCGGGACAAGGAAAUCAUCAACGACGAAACAAAUACGGAGAUAGAGUUGAAAAUUCUCAAUCCGGAAGCUCACGCUUUGAGCACGAGGGCCAUGGAAGAGGUGGAGGACGUCCCCCGUGGUUAAAGGGCAAAGAAAUAGGCCUCUAUUACAGAGAUAGGGGAAAGACAAAGCGUAUGGAGAAAGAAACUCAGAUCAUCAAAUUACCAGAAAAUAUGCAACGCAACAUUGAUAGAGUAUUAGAAAAGUCUAAAGGAUUCUAUGACAAAUUAUACAACAAUGAAGAACAGGCAGAAAGUACAAAUAGCAGAUUGGAAAAUAAAUAUACCCAUAUUCAUGAUUCGCAAUUCAAGAGAAAGUUUUUGAAUAUAGUGUCUGGUAACAUACAAGAAAACAUUUCUAAAGCAGUACUUCUUAAAUCAGGAAUAGAGAGGAAUAGUAGUUUAGACGAUCAGCUAUUAGAUGAAUAUAAAUCAAAAGAAUCCACAGGAGAAUAUGAAAGUAUGAUGAAAUUUCGAUUGAAGCUACCUGCAUAUGAGAAAAGAUCUGAGAUCUUAGAAUUGAUAAAAGAAAAUCAAGUUGCUGUAAUAAGUGGAGAGACUGGUUGUGGAAAAACGACGCAGGUUCCUCAGUUUAUACUAGAUGACCAAAUAGAGCAAGGAAAUGGUAGCAUUGCUCGAAUUAUUUGUACUCAACCUAGAAGGAUAUCAGCAAUAUCUGUUGCUGAGAGAGUUGCUGCUGAGAGAGCAGAGAGGCUUGGGAAAUCUGUUGGUUUCCAUAUUAGACUUGAAAAAGUACUGCCCAGAGAUAGAGGAAGCAUAACAUUUUGCACUGCUGGUAUGCUAUUACAAUUCAUGCAAAGCGAUCCAUCUUUGAAGAAUUGUUCUCAUAUUAUACUGGAUGAAAUUCAUGAACGUACUACAGAAAGUGACUUUAUCAUUGCUUUGUUGAAACUAAUUAUUCCAAAAAGACCAGAUUUGAAAGUUCUUCUUAUGAGUGCAACACUUAAUUCUGAAAGCUUCUCAAAGUAUUACAAUGACUGUCCAAUGAUUCAUAUUCCAGGCUUUACCUAUCCAGUAGAAGAAUUGUAUUUAGAAGAUGUGUUAUUACUGACCAAAUUUAAGUUUCCUGAACCGUCAUCAGCACCCCAAAACUAUAAGAAACAUUUGAAAAAGUAUAAACAAACUCAACGGGAUAAUGAUGAGUUUUCUGAUUUUAUACAUCCAUAUACUCGACAACUUAUAGCUGAGCAAAAGUUUCCAAAGUCUGUGAUUGAACAAUUGCGUAACCCUAAUAGCGAGAAAAUGUCUUUAAAUCUUAUUGAAGAGUUAAUUAGACAUAUUUGCGUAACAAAAACUCCGGGUGCAAUUCUAGUUUUUCUACCUGGUAUGAUGGACAUUAUAAAACUGCAUACAUUAAUGGCAGACAGUGGGCGAUAUCCACAAAGUAAAUAUAUUAUCUAUCCUCUGCACUCCCGAAUGCCCACCGUGGACCAAAAGCUUAUAUUUAAAGAACCACCUGAAGGUGUUCGAAAAAUAAUAAUUGCAACUUCCAUUGCGGAAACUUCUAUAACUAUCGAAGACGUAGUGUACGUCAUUGAUUGUGGAAGAACUAAGUUCCUUAAGUUUGAUGUGGUUAGAAACAUUGAAACAUUACUACCUGAAUGGGUAUCAUUAGCGAAUGCUAAACAAAGACGAGGUAGAGCAGGCAGAGUAAAACCUGGAAUUUGUUACCAUCUGUAUUCAAAAGCAAGAGAAAUGACAUUAGAACAGUAUCCAUUGCCUGAAAUGCUCAGGACCCGUUUAGACAAUGUAAUUUUACAAAUAAAAAUUCUGCAGUUAGGAAAAGCUAGGUCUUUUCUAGCCAGUGUUAUGGAUCCUCCCAAUACAAAAGCUAUAGACUUGUCUCUGGAAUUACUUGGAUCACUGAAUGCAUUAGACAAUGAGGAGAACUUAACACCUUUAGGAUAUCAUUUAGCACAAUUGCCGCUUGAUCCACGGACAGGUAAAAUGAUUAUAUGGGCAGCGUUAUUUUCCUGCGUGGAACCGGUCUUUGCGAUUGCUGCAAGUCUGACGUUCAAGGAUGCAUUCUACUGUCCUCUGGGGAAAGAGGAACAGGCAAAGCAAAAGAAACUCGAACUUAGUAUGAAUCAAUACAGCGAUCACAUUGCACUGGCUGAGGCAUUAAGACGGUUUGAGACUUCCUAUAAAAGAGGAAAUGCUGGUUAUUUCUGUAGAGAAUAUUUUCUUUCUUUUAACACGCUGAAACUUCUUUCGGAAAUGAAAACUCAGUUCGCUCAACAUUUGUAUCAAAUGAAGUUUUUAGAAACUGCGAAUUCGAAUGAGAGGAAUGCGAACAGAAAUUCUGAUAAUGAUGCGUUGGUGAAAGCGAUAGUGUGCGCUGGAUUAUAUCCAAAUGUUGCUGUGAUAAGGAGAGUGACAAAAAAUGGAACGCACGCAUGGACACCCGAGGAUGGUAAGGUUGUCAUACAUCCAUCGAGCGUAAACGACAAAAUUAAAGAUUAUUCCAGUCCAUAUAUUACAUACUUUACGAAACAACGAUCUACAGCAACGUAUUUACACGAUACCUCAUGCGUUACUGCUCCAAUUUUACUAUUUGCUGCUCCAAACAUGUGUAUAAAAAAAGAAAAAGGAAAUUAUUUUAUCAGUUUGACAAGUUCCCAAAAGUUUGUUUGUGACCUGCGAACCGCACAACUAAUUCAGAAAUUACAAGAAGAAUUGAAUAAUAUGUUAGAAUAUAAAGUAAUGCAUCCAGGAACAGUGACAUGGAAUGGCCAUGAAGGUAAUCUGCUGAAUGCGAUUAUAGAUCUGGUCUGCCAGAAAGGUGUGGAAAUGGGAUUUUCCGAACCCGAUGUUGAGGAAUGCGAAGAUAAUUUUUAUGAUAGCAGACGAACAUAA